CGCAGGCAGGCGGAUGGCCGGGGCGCUACGCAGCGGCCGCUGCUUCACGCUGCUGUUGCCGCCGUUGCCGGCCGGCCUCGGUCGCCCCGGCUCCCUGGGUGCUUCCAUGCAGCAUCCCGCUUCUCCCCCAGCGCGGCCGGGCGGCCCCGAGGGCGGCGGGGGUUGGCUGAGUGCUCUGCGCUUCGACAACCUGGCGCUGCGCUCGCUGCCGGUGGACGCCUCGGAGGACAGCGGGCCGCGGACCGUGCCCGGAGCCUGCUUCUCCCGGGUGCGGCCCAGCCCGCUGCAGAACCCGCGGAUGGUGGCCAUGUCACUGCCGGCGUUGGCGCUGCUGGGGCUGGAGGCUCCUGAGGCCGGUCGGGAGGCUGCGGAGGCCGAGGCCGAGGCGGCUCUGUACUUCAGCGGGAACCGGCUGCUGGCGGGCUCGGAGCCGGCCGCGCAUUGCUACUGCGGGCACCAGUUCGGCAGCUUCGCAGGGCAGCUGGGCGACGGCGCCGCCAUGUACCUGGGCGAGGUGCUGGGUCCGCGGGGCGAGCGAUGGGAGAUCCAGCUCAAGGGCGCCGGCCUCACCCCCUUCUCCCGACAAGCUGAUGGUCGCAAAGUCCUGCGGUCGAGCAUACGGGAGUUCCUGUGCAGUGAGGCUAUGUUUCACCUGGGAAUACCAACAACAAGGGCUGGAACCUGUGUGACAUCUGACUCCAAAGUUGUCCGUGACAUCUUUUAUGAUGGGAAUCCAAAAAAUGAAAGGUGUACAGUUGUCCUGAGAAUAGCUUCUACUUUUAUAAGAUUUGGUUCCUUUGAAAUUUUUAAACCUCCUGACGAGUACACAGGACGCAAAGGUCCCAGCGUGAACCGAAAUGAUAUUCGAAUACAGAUGCUUGAUUAUGUGAUCAGCACUUUCUAUCCAGAAAUCCAGGAAGCUUAUUCAGACAACAGUAUCCAACGGAAUGCUGCUUUCUUCAAAGAGAUCACAAAACGAACAGCAAGAUUGGUUGCUGAGUGGCAGUGUGUUGGGUUUUGCCAUGGUGUGCUGAACACAGACAACAUGAGCAUAGUUGGACUAACCAUUGACUAUGGACCUUUUGGAUUUAUGGACAGAUAUGACCCUGAGCACAUUUGCAAUGGUUCUGAUAACACAGGGCGAUAUGCUUACAACAAGCAGCCAGAAAUCUGCAAGUGGAACCUGGGGAAGCUUGCUGAAGCUCUAGUUCCAGAACUGCCCUUGGAAAUAAGUGAACUCAUCCUGGAAGAGGAGUAUGAUGCAGAAUUUGAGAAACAUUAUUUGCAGAAGAUGAGAAAGAAACUAGGCUUAAUCCAUCUGGAAUUAGAAGAAGACAGUAAACUGGUUUCUGAGCUCCUUGAAACCAUGCAUCUCACAGGUGGAGACUUCACAAAUAUCUUUUACUCAUUGAGUUCAUUCUCAGUGGACUGUGAUCCCUCAGAACUGGAAGAUUUCUUGGAAAAGCUUACAAGUCAGUGUGCUUCUGUGGAAGAACUGAAAGUUGCUUUCAAGCCACAGAUGGAUCCAAGACAGCUAUCAAUGAUGCUGAUGUUGGCUCAGUCUAAUCCUCAGCUGUUUGCAUUAAUUGGAACCAAAGCAAAUAUAAACAAAGAACUAGAACGCAUUGAACAGUUCUCUAAACUGCAGCAGUUAGCAGCAGCUGAUUUACUCAGCAGAAAUAAAAGCCACUGGAAAGAAUGGCUGGAGAAGUACAGAGUCCGUUUGCAAAAGGAAGUUGAAAGUGUGAGUGAUGCUGAUACCUGGAAUACUGAGCGUGUGAAGAUCAUGAAUUCAAACAAUCCAAAAUAUAUCUUGAGAAAUUAUAUUGCCCAGAAUGCCAUAGAAGCAGCUGAAAAAGGGGAUUUCUCAGAGGUAAGAAAUGUGCUGAAACUCUUGGAGAAUCCAUUCCAGGAAGCAGAUGUUUUCAGGGAGGUGAAGGAAGAUGAAGAAGAGGAGGGAGCAACUGCUACAGCAGCAGCUGCUUGUGCUGAGGAGACCAGAAGCAGACUGUCAUACUGCAGUAAACCUCCACUAUGGGCUUCAGAGCUCUGUGUUACAUGAUCUUCGUAACUGCCUUGUUUUGUUUUUUGCUGUAAAUGGAAGACUCUGAUCCUCCUCCAGCAGUGAAAAAUUCAGCAAGGCAAACAGCAAAGUGCUAUUGAGUUACUGAAACAACCCUACAUUUGGAUGCAUCUGCAGCAGUGUUCAGCUGGGCUGGAUUUGAAGCAGUUGUGGACAAACCAGUGGCAAACAACAGUGUGUGUACAUCAGUAAUUUAAAUGUUUUGAGAUGGAAAGUCUUUCCUUUAUUCAUAUCACAUUGCAAGUAGAAAGCAGUAAUUUAUGUUGAGGCAGGCUGAAUUUCAAACAUCCAAAUGGAACUGUUGUGCUGUGAAGACAAAAAUAGCAAGUCAGGAAUCUGAUCUGUUUUUGUCUGAUGUCUUUAACUAAUAGUACUUCUAAAAUUUAUUUAAUGCUUUCUCUAUGCAGGGACUUUUAGCUCCCUUCAACGGAGGAAUAGAUUCAGUGUUGCUUGUUUGAAGCUGUAUUUCAUUUAAUUAAGCAGUUCAUUUCUUGUGAACCUUCAGAUUGAUAUUUAAUCAUCUAUUUUCAGAGAAUUUGUGCACACUAGGGUUUGGGAGAGCAACUGAAUUAUUUUUUUUUAAAUACAUUAAGAGUAGAAUUAAGGGAGAUUGUACAUUUGCACUUGAAAAUCUUGAUGGUAAAGUUCAGUCAGGUUCAGUAUGUUUGCAUGCAACGUGUAAAUAUUUACUAAAAUUGUGGGUACAGUUUGUAAGCCAAUUCGACUGGGGCAAGACCAGUUAGCCAAAUUAGUGUGGACCUUAAACUACCCUACUACUCAAAUCCUGGUUCAUUGUCUAUUUAUCUGUGUGCUCUUCAACAGAAACUCCAUGAAUGAGAAGCAUGCAGGGGGGGCACCACUCUGGCCUUGUACCACUGUGUUUGCUUUCUGUGGUCUUGGAAGAACUUUACACUGAAAGUUGCUGUUGAUGAACGUGCUGCUUGGGCUUGUGCAAAAGGUUAUGGAGGAGGUGGGAGCUGACUUGCUUGCAAGUUACUUAUUGAUAGUAGUUCAGCUGAGACUUCAGGGGAAAAUUGGUUGUCAUUAUUGUCACACCAGCAAAAAAAAAAAAUGUUCCUUGAUGGGUUAUUACUUAACUUUUUAAAUUUAUUUCUAAAGGACUCUGUUGCUGAAAUUUUGGGAGUUUGGUUUAAUGCAGAAGUUUCUCUUUUCCAAAGACACCACCGUCUUACACUGUGAGCUUGAAUGUACUCUAGGAAAUUCUUCCUCCACCCCUCUGCAAACUUGAUAUUAGCUCAGGUUCAGUUGUGCUCUUGUAAGUCUUCCUCUAAUUUACAAGCUGUGAAAAACAGGAAGAACAGUUGGGCUACUGCUUAUCCAUCUGUACUAACAAUCAAUUUGUCCUCCUUGCUGUCACAGUAAAUAAGUGAUGCUUUAAAUGUAAACAUUGAUUCUGUCUGACCUUCAGCCUAGAGAACCCCAUGCUGGUUAAUGGUUUGUGACAAACUGGAGUCUCUGACAAACGUGGCUCUUCCUGGGACAUUUUGGUCCUUAUAGAAAAGGACAGACUUAAAGCAGCUUGGCAGACUGGGGCAACAAGUCCUGCUAGCUGGGCAGCUGGUUGUCUUCCAGAGAUCCAUUUUUGAAUGAGCUUCAGACUGUCAUCAGGGAUUGUCCUUCCCAUGAACUGGAACCAAACUCUUUCAUGGAAACUUUAAGAGGAAGCCAGUGCUGGGUAAAAAGGAUGGCACCAGGAGGGGGACAGGGAAGGAAGGUGAGCAGGCAAUUUGAAGGGCACUUCAGGGUCCAGUUGGAGUCAAUAACAAGUCCUGUUCCCCAGGGGUUAGUACUGGGACCAGUCUUGCUCAGUAUAUUCACCAAUGAGCUGGAUGAAGGGAUAGAGCACCUUCAGCCAGUUUGCUGGUGACACAAACUGGGAGGCAGCAGCUUCUCCAUCAGAGGAGUGUGCUGCCAUCCAGUGUGACCUGGACAGGCUGGAGAGCUCAUGAAAUUCAGCAAGGACAAGUGUAGGGUCCUGCACCUAGAGAGGAACAACCCCAUGCACCAGUAAAGGUUGGGAACUGACCUGCUCUAAAGCAGGAAAAAGACCCGAGAGUCCUGGUAACUGGGUGACAGUGAGUCAGCAGUGUGCUCUUGGGGCCAAGAAGGCUGGUGGCAUCCUGGGGUGUACCAAGAAAAGUGUGGCAGAGGUUGAGAGAGGUUCUCCUCCCUCUGUACUCUGCCCUGGUGAGGCCCUGUCUGGAGCACUGUGUCCAGUUCUGGGCUCCUCAUUUCAAGAAGGAGAGGGAACUGCUGGAGAGGGCACAGCAAAGGGCUACAAAGAUGAUGAGGGUACCAGAACCUCUCAUGAGGAGAGGCUGAGGGACUGGGGUCUUUUUAGUCUGGAGAAGACUCAAGGAGGAGAUUACCAACACUUACACAUACUCAAAGGGUGGGUGCCAGGAGGAUGGGUCCUGUCUUUUUUCAGCAGUGCCCAGUGACAGAACAAGAGGUAACAGGCACAAACUUGGACAUAGGAAGUUCCAUCAAAACAGGAGGAGGAGCUUCUUUAUUUUGAGGGCGACAGAGCACUGGAACAGGCUGCCCAGAGAGGUGCUGGAGUCUCUGUCUCUGGACAUAUUCAAAACCCACCUGGAUGCACUCCUGUGCAACCUGGUCUAGGUGAACCUGCUCUGGUGGGGUUUGGACUUGAUGAUCUUCAAAGGUCUCUUCCCAACCCCUAACAUUCUGUGAUGUUGUAACUGUGGUUUUGGACAUAGAAUUUAACUACCAAAUUAUUUUAUACCUAAAUAGAGAUCCUUUGAAUAAUUUGCUAGCAAUUUUUUCCCUAAAAUGGGGAAACUGAAUUCAACAGUGAGGAAGGGAAAUGUCACUUCCUGCUGAAUACAUUUUUUGCUUGCACAUAGAUCAAGUGCAACAGCUCUAGAAAGCUUGAAAUGAUAAAUGCAGCCCCUUGGCAUGGCAGCUUAGGUGUGCCAGUCAGUACCGAUUUACUGACUGUAAGAGAGGCAGAGUGUUCCCUGGCUGGUGGGAACACUGCAAGGGCAGCUGUGUAGUUCAGCUGCACUGAAAGUCACUGCUCAGUUCCUCAGUUUAUGCAGUAAUACCAGUGCUUUGUGAUGAUCAGAUCAGCCUGUGGUCUUCUAGCACCCUCAUUUCAAAAGGCAGGCAAUAGUUUCAGUGCUGCUGACAGUGAGUGUGUGAGUGUCUUCAUUCUCAUUGCUGGAGCAGUAUGGAAGCAGAAGGUUGUUCAGGACAAUCAGGCCAAAUUUUGUCCAGGUGAGAACUUAAUCUCUUAGCUCAAUUGUUCAGAAAGAAGGGAAUACAACUUAGAGCAUUUGGGAGUCUAAAUACUUGAAUCUCCCUGAUUUUUACAGCUUGUAUUUGCAAUAAGAAAACCUGAAAAAAGUACUUCUUAUUCACCAGAUAUCCUGCUUGUAUAAAAGCCAUGGACUUGUGCUCAGAAUGAAUUGGUGAUUCUGCCCAUUCUGUUGAAACACUUGAUAAGACUUCAUCUGUGGCUAUAAAGCUUUAACUGCUUUUGCAUAGAAGCAAGUGGUACUCAGACUACAAAAC